UGGUCACGUCGAAGACGAUGACGAUAGCCAACGAGCGACGGAUGAGGGGGUGAUAAGCAGAGUAGGGCGUUUGUAGAAUGCAACAGGAAAGCGGUGAUGGCGACAGGAGCGAUGAGAGCGUUGAGGGAGAGGGAAGGGAGAGGGGAGAGGCGUCGAUAGUGGUCAAAGGUCAGCAAUGCUGUACAAUGCGAUCCAGUCUGCACACAUUGUGGAUUUGGAAUUCCAGAAGCAUGGACGGAUGCUCAUCAACACACCUGUGGUAUGCAGUCAGCGCUGCUGUUAUCCUCGUCGUGAUCUGUCGUUGGUGCCAAAACAAUUGCACGGACUUGCAGCAAGUGUUGAGCAGAGACCGGUAGCGUGGCUCUAUGGAGUCUGGGCGCUGGGGACGGGUGUCAAAAGAACGAGGCGAGAGGAAGCAAGGGUGGAGGCCUCCAGGCUGGGGCUUGCUUGGUACUCGGGGGCUGCACAGUGCACACCCUUUUGCACACCUGGGUCCUGGAGUGAACAAGUGAAGCUGAGGACAGCGCAAGCCAGAUGCGGAGGAGCAAGAAUUGGACACGGGACAGGCGAGGGGGUCCGUUUGCAGCACGCUGCUGGGCCACAGAGACUGGAGGGUUGGCUUGAGAGUAUCACACGGGGCAAACGAUCGACGGCUGCCUUUCCUCUCCUAUGGAUUGCCUUUGACCGCUGCGAUGCUGCGUCCUGCGAUUGUCGGCGAAAUAAAGCAAAGCUUUUGACAGUGAUAUAAACAUACAUUGGGUGCAACAAAAUCUUUCUUACAUAGUCGUUCUGAAGUUGAGUAUCAUACAUAGUAUACGGAGAUGAGGAUGAGAAAAGAGUGGCUUGGAAUUUUGGGCGAAGAUGCAAGGGCGCAAAGGAGUGGAGCAGCAAGGGGGCGCACCAACCGUCUGCCCGCGACAUCGGACACUCAAUUUUUCUUCACCGUUCCGCUCAAUUUGUGGU